AUGGCUGGUGUUGAAGAUAUGGGGCGGAGCGCUCGAUAUUCUCGCAUGAACACCCUUCCUACAUGCUCAGUCGCUGCCGGAUGCGUUCAGGAGCUUAAGGGACAUGUUUCUAUUCCGAAUAAUAUCAACUCGGCUCUGCACGUAAAGCACAAUAGAUUUCGGUAUGGAGACCACCUCAACAGCAAAAAUAAUUCAAGCGCACUUUGUCAAUCGAGCGGAGCGAUAAGGGUAACUUCAAAGUGUAGAACACACUGA